AUGGAGGAAUCGUCACCGGAGACGCGGAAGAGAAGCGUUAAGAGUGAAGUUUCUCUAGAGUUAUCAGAUAUCCAGAAGGAAAAAGGAAACACAAAUGGGCAGGUGGUCCAUGAACUUUUAGAUUACGAACCAAAUGGUUGGUUUGAACAGACUAUGCUAAAAAUGAGCACCAGUACUGAAGAUUUCGUGAAGAAAAACAGCUCAGCGAUGAAAAUCAUUGUAAUUUUCCUCAUCAAUGCCUUAGUAAUCGGCUUCUUCUUCGGCUGUUUAUAUUAUUGGCUUAAUAUUAAUAAACAACCAUUAGAACUCUGUAACGGAUUUGGGAGUCUAAUAGCAUUACUUAGUAUAAUAUACUUCUUUGUAAUAUAUUUUCAAAUAGUCAAGAGAUUCUGUGGUAAAUGGUUCGAAGAGACAAUAUGGAGAAGGAUAGAAUCGUCGAUGGAACCGCUUCUGAAAAAGGUAUGGUUUCCCUGGCUCACUGCAGCAGUAGUACUGGCAGCGGUAGCAGUGUUUCUCUAUUUCGACACUAGAGGCGCCACUGACAGACUGACUCCGCUGAUCGCAAUUGCUUUCUUAUUAAUUUUGGGAUUUGUGUUUUCGGCUCAUCCGGGGAGGGUGAAUUAUCGCACAGUGUCAGUGGGGUUGAUGAUACAAUUUCUAUUCGGUGUCAUCUUUAUAAGAUGGAAUACUGGAAGGUUGGCGUUACAAUGUUUUUCGGAUAAGGUUGCCACAUUCCUCACAUAUGGAGUGGAUGGUGCUGCGUUCGUUUUUGGAGAUCUUCUCGUCAGAACCGAAGGAGUUUUUGCAUUUAGUACCCUACCAGUAAUAUUCUUCUUCAGUAUGUUAGUGGAAGUGUUAUUCUUCUGGGGAGCCUUGCAGUGGUUUUGUUUGAAGCUUGGCCAUUUGUUACGAGGCGCCACCAAUACAACUGUUUGCGAGAGCGUGAUCUGUGUUGGGAAUAUAUUUCUUGGCAUGUCUGAAUCAGUUCUCCUGGUGAAACCUUAUUUGGCUCUUCUCACGCCUUCAGAAUUGCAUGUCAUAAUGUCAUCUGGUUUUGCAACAGUUUCCGGUACAAUUCUGGCAGCGUAUAUAGGGUUUGGGGCAGAGCCAGCUCACUUGGUGACAGCCAGCGUGAUGUCGGCUCCUACUGCCAUCUGCUACUCCAAGCUGCUGAUGCCGGAGACUCGGAGAUCCCUCACCAGGGUCGAUAAUAUUCAGUCUGUGGAACGGCAAGACCAAUCCGCGUUAUCAGCGGCCACUCGUGGGGCCACAAACGGAAUAGCCCUGGUUUUGAACAUAAUAGCCAACUUGGUGGCUUUUGUCGCUGUAGUGGCGUUUGUCAAUGGCCUUUUGGGAUACUGCGGCGGUCUUUUGGGCAAUCCAGACUUAAAUCUCGAGUGGAUCUUGGGGAAGGUGUUCAUACCGCUGUGUUGGAUGAUGGGUGUUCCAUGGGAAGAAUGUGAACUAGUUGGAUCUCUUAUCGGACUGAAGACUGUAGUCAAUGAAUUUGUGGCUUAUCAACGGAUGGGAGAGAUGAAGAGAGACGGACUUUUGUCUGGUCGAUCGGAGUUAAUAGCGACGUACGCGUUAUGUGGCUUCACCAAUCCAUCGUCAGCUGGAAUCAUGAUCGGAGCUAUAGCAGCCAUCGCUCCUCAGCAACGGGAGACCCUGUCUUCGUUGGCGCUGCGCGCGUUUUUCGCUGGCUGUGGUAUUUGCUUCUUAAACGCGUCCGUUGCAGCUCUACUCAUGCCGGAGGGAUCUUUUGGAUAA